GACACUCAAAACCCAACACGGAACCGUACGAGGAAGCGGCAGACAAAAACAAGAGAUAACCGCGUUACUACGGGAUUAAAAACACAACUACGGAUGUCGUGGUUGGCUCACAAGAAAAAUGUCAACUAAGGAGAGUGGAGAAAGGAAAAAUGGUCAACCUGUGGCCAUGUCACCUGAAAGGAUGGCCACUGACAAAGGCAGAGAAAACCAGAACCAGCGUGAAGCAGCAGAAGGCGCCACGGACACGAGCACAACAGCAAAAAACCUGGCCUUGCUUAAAGCACACUCUCUGGACGUGAAGUUCGACGUCGGAGAGGAGUAUGAUGUUAUAGAAACCAUCGGCACGGGGGCCUAUGGCGUUGUUUCAUCUGCAAGGAGAAGGGACAAUGGCCAGCAGGUGGCGAUAAAGAAGAUCUCCAAUGCUUUUGAAGUGGUGACAAAUGCCAAGCGGACGUUGCGAGAGCUGAAGAUUCUCAAGCACUUCAAACAUGACAACAUUAUCGCUAUCAAAGACAUCUUACAGCCUAACCUUCCUCACUCUGCCUUCAAGUCUGUGUACGUGGUGCUGGACCUCAUGGAGAGUGAUUUGCACCAGAUCAUACACUCUGCUCAGACGCUCACCUCAGAACACACACGUUACUUUCUGUACCAGCUCCUCCGUGGCCUUAAGUACGUGCACUCUGCCAACGUCAUCCACCGUGACCUCAAACCCUCCAACCUGUUGGUGAACGAGAACUGUGAGCUAAAAAUCGGUGACUUCGGCAUGGCGAGGGGUCUAAGUUCACACCCUGAGGAGUCUCAUUCCUUUAUGACUGAAUAUGUGGCAACUCGAUGGUACCGUGCCCCUGAACUCCUGCUUUCUCUGAAUCACUAUAGUUUGGCCAUUGACUUGUGGUCUGUGGGGUGCAUCUUUGCAGAAAUGUUGGGCCGCAAACAGCUUUUUCCUGGAAAGCACUACGUUCACCAGCUCCAGCUCAUUUUGUCCGUGUUAGGCACUCCUCCUGAUGGGUUAAUUGGUGCAAUUAGGGCUGACAGAGUACGAUCCUACGUUCAAAGUCUCCCAUCACGGUCCGCUGUGCCUUUGGCCAAACUUUACCCACAAGCUGAACCAGAGGCUUUGGACCUGCUGGCAGACAUGUUGCAGUUUGACCCUCGUGAGAGAAUCAGCGUGACACAAGCACUGGAACAUCCUUACCUUGCCAAGUACCACGAUACAGAUGAUGAGCCAGUUUGUGUGCCAGCUUUUGACUUUGAAUUCGACAAGCUGCCAAUGAACAAGGAACAAAUUAAAGAGGCGAUUCUGAUGGAGAUCCAGGACUUCCAUCAAAAUAAACAAACCUGUCGUCAGAGACUGCAGUUCAAGCCCUUGGCGAGAGUGAACAACAGAGCUGCAGCACAAGGCGGUAACCAGUGCACUGCUCAGCCCUCGACUGCUAAAUUGAGCAAACCAACACUGGUUCCGAUGGCACAGCACUCACAAGCAGCACAGAUACAGCAACAGCAAGUUAAAUCUCAACAGCAACAAGACCACACACCAGCAGAAGUGAACCACACAUUUACAAAUCAGAUGCAAGCCUUUAUUAAGCCUCCCUCCCUUUUAGAAGUUGUCCCGCCUCAUGUGACCCAUAAUUUGCCUCUCCUCUCUAAAAGCGAAAGCGGCCCAGUUGAUGUGGACAUGCCCAGUGCCAACUCAGACAGCGGCCAGCCAGAGACCAUAGAUUUAACGACACCAGUGUCUAGUCAGGACACUCCAUCAGAAACAAUGAGGGACAGUGAGGUACAGGAGCAGCUAACCAGCAGUCAGGCUCCUCUGACUCAGACCACCCAGAGCCAGUCCAUGACCCAGGCUCCCACUUCCAUUCCUGCAACGCCAGCACAGACAAUAACACCUCUACCCACCACUGUGCCUUCCCUUUCUCUCUCUGUGGCACAGGCCCAGUCACUGUCCCAGUCUCUUUCACAGUCACUGUCCAAGAAUGCCAGGCCUCCUCCAGGUGCCGUAGAGGCAACCAGAAAAGAAGGAGCUAUUUCAGAGGAUACUAAAAAUGCACUGAAGGCAGCUUUACUGAAAUCAGCUCUAAGAAAUAAAGCCAGGGGUGAUGGAAGUACUUCUGCUCUGGGCAUCGACACUGGUGCAGGAGGUGGUGUAUCGUCCUCCCUGUCUUCCGUAGCGGAGUCGCGUCGGCCUGUCACAGCACAGGAGCGUCAACGAGAACGAGAAGAGAAACGGAGGAAGAGGCAGGAACGGGCAAGAGAGAGGGAGAGGAAAAUGAAGGAAAAGGAGAGAAGAGAGGGAAAGCAAGGGGACUCGCUGGGUGGGGUUCUACUGAGUGACAAUGACAAAAGCCUUUUGCAACGUUGGACAAAGAUGAUGGACAGACGCAGUGAGAAAUCUCAGACUCCCAAUAACGAUGGAACAAAUAAUAAGGACUGUAAUGUGAGCUUGCACCGGUGUGCAGCUAUCAACGAUAACACUCAAGGAGCACUGAACAAUAAGACAGACAAGGAGGCAAGGAAGGUUCAGUCUCAUGAACAGUUAAUCUCUCAAGUUAAACCUAACCAGCAAGGCAUGUUUCAGCCUCCCAGCACCCAGCAACCACCAUUACUUUUCUCCAUGAGCCAGAGGAAACCUACAGCAGAUAUAGUUGUUGCUGUAAGCGGAGGAAUAGAUAUAAUGUCUGUCACUGGUGGCUUUGGUAAGAACAACACGGUCAAACCUCACACUGAGAGCAAUGGACAAAGUGGUUUCAACUGUUUGAGGAACUGGAGCGGGCAGCAAUUAGAGACGAGGCCACCGCAACAGCCACAACCGAACAGGAAACCGCAGCCUCCACCAUCGGGCUUUCUCCAGCCCCAGCUCCAACCUCAAACCCAGCCUGAGCCUCAACCUCAGUCACAACUGCUUCCUCUGGAGAGUUUUUUGACCAAAGCUCCAACACUGACGACCAGAGAGACAAAUGGGAACGUGGAUAUCGGAAGCCAAAAUAACCCCAACUCCCACACUAACCCCCCGACAGCAAAUGGAGGUCCAAUGGAGAAGCUGUGUCCCUCUGUAGGCGAGAAAUCCGGGCCACAGACCACAAACCCUCUCUGUGGGGCUUUAGGGGUCCCAUCACAACCUCAUCCCAGCUUAGGAUUCACGGAUACUGGACAGCAAGGGCCGUCCAUUGCCCCUGACAUCCAUACAGUAACACUGCAGCUCUCAAAGUCCCAGGUAGAGGAUGUUUUACCCCCUGUGUUCUCAGUCACCCCUAAAGGCAGCGGGGCUGGGUAUGGCGUGGGCUUUGACCUGGAUGACCUUCUCAACCAGUCUCUCACAGACCUGCAACACUGUGACCGAGACAGUUACGAUUCAGCCCCUCUCUCCGCCUCCCUGUUAUCUGAUUGGAGCGAGGUUCACCGCAUGACGCCAGCUGAUCUGGAGUCACUGCAGCAGGAGUUGCAGCUCGGCUCUCCCAUGAUCCUCUCUGAUACCAUUCCCCCUGAUGCCUGACUUUCCCCUUCCUAAAACACACUCUGAUUUGUGUAAAUGUUAGAUAUUGAUUUAGCAUGGAAACCUCAAGUAAAGACUGAUCAAAUUAAUUUAAAAGCUAGCUUUUUUUUUUUAAAUAGGCACUACCAGGCAGCCUUUUUUUUAAUUUUAUUUUAUUUUUUACUAUUAUGACAUGCUGUGCCUUCUUUAUAAUAAAGAAAACAUCAAA